AUGCAGCUCGUUUCGUCCUUCAGCGAGCUCCUCGGCUACACCUCCAUCGCGUGCUGGCUCGGGGCCCAGUUUCCUCAAGUGUUGGAGAACAUACGGAACCAAUCCGUCGAGGGCCUCGCCCUGCCCUUCCUUAUGAAUUGGCUUCUGGGUGACGCGACCAACCUCCUAGGCUGCGUCCUCACUCACCAGCUGCCCUUCCAGACCUACCUAGCCACGUACUUCGUCAUCGUCGACUUUUCCCUCCUCAGCCAAUUUUUCUACUACCAGUCGAAAGCGAAGAAGGAGUCCCGCCCAUACCUCCAUGCACGCGACCGCACCGGCUCUGUAGUCGGUGCACGGCAUUCCAUCGAGCGCAGCGGCCCCGGCGCCCCACACUACCGCGCCCUCUCCAACGUCGCCGCGAACGUCGCCGCCGUCGCCGCGCUCGCCGCGCAGCAAGAGGAGCGUGCCCGAUGGCACCCCCGCUCGCGCUCAUCCGAGCCACAUGCAAGCACGUUCGGCGUCGAGGACGAUGACGAUGACGGCAUCUCCGAAGACGCGCUCGCUCGCCUCGCCGACAGCUUCCACUCCGAAGGCGGCCGCAGUGCGCGCCGGAAGCACGUCGCAUGGGGCCAGGACUCGUUCACCAGCACUGGUAGCGGGCGUGGGCCCAGCGCACGGGGCAGCCGCCAAUCGAGCCGCAUGCCCACGGCUCUCCAGAUGACGAUUCCGCUCGAAGGCUCGGUGGACUCGCUCGCUCGGGGACGGCCGGAAGUCAGGACGACCGAUGCGACGGAGGAGGACGAAGAGUGGCUGAGCGCGAACACCGCGCGGCGCAGCUCCCGGGCGAGUCGGAAGAGCGCAACCAUGGUCUUCAUGGGAGUGUGGGCGCUGUUCGGCGUUGGCGCACUCUCGGGCGGAAGGGGCGUGCUGUCCAAAGCGGUCGGGCAGAGGUCGGGCAAGGUGCUGGCUCGAGCGGAGGUCCCGGUCGUGCUCUCUCGUUCACAGCCCACGUUCGUUUCCGAUGAUCUGUCUGUGGAUCACAUCCUUUCAAAACGACAGGGUGCCGAGGGUGCAAUGGUGGAGUUCGAGACGACGGCAGAGAGUGUCUUCAUGAAGGCAGAGCCGGAGGUCGACUUGGAGUUCCUUAUCGGCCGAAUAUCCGCCUGGGCUUGCACGACGCUCUAUCUCACGUCGCGUUUGCCGCAGAUUUGGAAGAACUACGUCAGGAAAUCAGUCGAGGGCCUCUCCGUAUAUUUAUUCAUCUUCGCAUUCCUCGGCAACUUCUUCUACGUGGCUUCUAUUCUCACAUCUCCCAACAUGCAACUUCCUCAGCCUGAAGCGUCCGCCUUCCUCCGCGAAAGCAUUCCGUAUAUACUGGGAAGUGGGGGGACACUCAUGUUCGAUAUCACCAUCGUCACCCAGUCAUACCUUUACCGCUCUAAACCUGCAAUUCGCGGUCGCCGACAAUCUCACACAUACAACGAAGAAGAAGCUGGACUGCUCAGCGCAGAAGCAACGGGCGCAGAGGACUCUCCUGUUGCCUCUCGACGGAGAGGAGGCAGUGUCAGUCGAGAGUCGGGACACUAG